ACCGCCUUCCGUAUGAUUUCGCCUUCGCGUGGUAGCUCCCAUUUAUGUUGGCUAUAUGACCAGGUAGGGCAUUACUUUCAGUUCAUAUAAUGCGGUAGGAUCUCCUUGUCCACUACCUUUCCUUUGAUAAAUGAACCUUUGGUUUUUCAGUUUUUCCUCUACCUUGCCCACUCCAAAGCUGCAUCACCUGUAAAUCACAGUCUCCAAAACUCAUAUGCCACUUAAAACUACUUUAAAAGGAUUCACCAAAUGAUAUGAUCUAUGUCUCCUUAUUCUAUGCAAACCCCCCAAUAACCCCUCAACCAUGGUCUUCACCCUGAAAGCUGAACCCUUGACCUUGAGUUCCAACACAUGCUAAAAUUCCGUGAAAAUCAUGCCAUCAUGUGCCAUAGCACUAACAAGACUCACCAAACAUGAAGAGUCUUCCUUUCCAAGGUAGCAUCUUGUACACACAACCUGAAGUCUGAAACAUCAGUUUACCAUCCUCUUUGGCAACAACAUCUGUAUGGAUACCGUUCCUCACUUCAUUUGUAAUUUUCACCUGUUGUGGAUCUGGGUUCUGAGCUUCUUGAUUCAAUCAAGAAGCAUUGGUUCCAAAUUGAGAGUAGCUAAUAAAGUUGUCGUAUCUUCCACUGCCUGUUCAACUCUCGCAGAUCUCAAUUCCAUGUUCCCAAAAGGUGUUCCUUGGGUUCGGUACCAUGGUACUUACAAAGAGUUAGAUAUUUCUAUAGUCUGGCCUGGAAAAGAUACAGUUUUGGGAGUUGAUAGUGUUGGGACAAUUUCUGCAUCUCUCGUGACCUAUGUCUCCAUCCAAGCAUUACAACCAGACCUUGUCAUAAAUGCCGGCACUGCUGGUGGCUUUAAGGCCAAAGGAGCUACUGUAGGUGAUACUUUUCUCGUGUCGCAUGUUGCCUUCCGUGAUAGAAGGAUACCUAUUCCAGUUUUUGAUUUGUAUGGCAUCGGGUUACGGCAAGCUUUCUCAACACCCAAUCUCUUGAGGACGCUUAACCUAAAGGUGAAGUGGAUGACCCUUCCAACAGAAACUUUUAUAGUAGAUGUUUUAGUGGUUGGGAAAUUGUCUACCAGUGACUCUUUCGAGGCCCCACAGGAGAAGGCAUCAAUUAUUAAAAAUGAAGCAACACUAGAAGAUAUGGAGGGAGCAGCUGUUGCCUAUGUAGCAGAUCUUUUGAAAGUCCCUGCGGUAUUCAUUAAAGCUGUAACCAAUAUUGUGGAUGGUGAUAAACCAACUAUUGUGGAAUAUAGCCAGAAUUUGACGGCGGUGACUGCUACACUUGGCCAAGCAGUCGCAGAAGUUGUUGAUUUCAUCAAUGGUAAGUGCCUCUCCGAACUUUGAUGUCUUUUAUGUACACUCCUUCUCCCAGGUGUAGGAUAUAUGCAUGAGAAACGUUGUCGAUUAACAUGGUUUUAUUUGGAGGUAGUAUCUCUUCCCAUGUGAAAUGGUAAAACCGUAGCUCCCUUUGAGCUUAUUUUGUUUUGGUGAUUAGAAAAGACAAAACCAGUUUUGUAUUGAUCGCAUCUAUAUGCCUUCAUUGUAACGAACAUUGGAGACAAAUUGUUUAUUCAACUAGUAAGGAUUCUCUUGUGUGACGAUCA